AUGGCCAGUCCCAUCGAGACUGGCAGAGAGAUGAUUGAGGACGACGGCCCCAAGCCGCCCAUGGAGGACGAUGUGCCCGCCGAGCGGGCGUGGCAAAAUGCGGAGAACGAUGACUUUGACCGCCGCGAUGCGCGUGACCAUGAACAGCGCGCUGAUGAUCAUGAGCAGGACCGUGAGCGUGAGCGUGACCGCGGCUCGGACCGUCGGCGUCCUCCCCCACGCGACCGUAUGCGGGACCGCGACCGCGACCGCCGUGGCCCUCGUGAUGGCUACGACCGCCCUCCGCGUCGAUACGAUGACUAUGACCGCCGCCGUGACGACCGUCCUCCGCCCUCGGAGCCGCGAUCGGACCCCAGCUCGCGUCCCUCACCUGCGCCCUCCAACAUUUUGGGUGCGUUUGGUCUGAGUAUUCGUACGACAGAGCGUGACUUGGAAGACGAGUUUGGCCGGGUCGGCGAAGUGGAAAAGGUCGUCAUUGUCUACGAUGCACGCACGGGACGCUCGCGUGGUUUCGGGUUUAUUACGAUGAAGGAUGUGGAAGCGGCGACCGAGGCGAUCAAGCAGCUGAACAAUGCGGAGCUGCAGGGCCGUCGGAUCCGUGUAGACUACUCCAGCACGACACGCGCACACGAUCCGACGCCUGGUGAGUACCGCGGCAACCCACGCCCCGCUGAUGACCGCUACCCACCGCGUCGCGGCGGCGGUCGCGAUGGUCGUGGGUACGGCUAUGGCCGCGAUCGUGAUCGUGACUACCGUGAUCGUGAUUAUGGCCGCGACUACCGUGACCGUCCUCCACGGAGUCGCUAUGAUGACUAUGACCGUCCCAGUGGCAGCUGGGUCUCGCGGCGCGAUGACCGUGAUCGGCCCCCGCCUCCUCCGCGGUACCGUCGCGGACCCGACUCGGACGACUGGCGCCGACGAGGUAGUCCGCCGCCUCGUAUGCGCUCCCGCAGCCCGCCGCCUCGCUCACGGUAUGAUGACGACUAUGACCGUCGUCCUCCGCCGCCGCCACGCUCACCGUCGCCCCGUAGGUAUGAUGACCGCGACGACGAUCGUCAUCGUGGCGAUAUGUCGAUGGACGAUCCCGAUCGUAUGGACUAA